GGUAGUUCAAAUUUCCUAUCCAACUUGUCUUCCUAUUUGAAUCCUAAUCACAAAUUAAAGAUAACUCUAAUCUCUUAAACCGAAAUCAAAUAUCAUCUUAAACAAUCUCCACCUAACUUCUGCGCCUAUAAUUAAUAAUUUCAAAACAUUAUAUAAACCCAAUCGCAGGAGUUCAUUCUCCUUCCAAAUCACGUCCCAGAAUCUAACCAUGGAUAGCAGAAUAUCAUGGUCAGAAAUGGAGAUAAACUGCUUGGCUGAAAUCUUCAUGAAGCUUGGCCUCGACGACCUCACCCUCGUCGUCCCCUUCGUCUGCAGAUCAUGGCUCGCCGCCGUCCGGCAUCCUCUCUGCUGGAAAAAACUUGACUUCCGGCGAGUCGACGUUCUUCCAUGGAGCAAUUUCUCCAAAACCUUCACUUUUAUUUACUCCCUUCCUUACUUCUCUUUCACAUACUUCUUAAAACUAGCCGUUAAGAACAGCAGGAGUUCUGUAACUGAGUUAAGGCUUCCACUGAAAUUCACUUCCUCAGAGGAUCUGAAGUUCAUUUCCAAUGAGUGUCCAAAGCUGAGGUCUGUUGCUCUGCCAAUUCUCAACUCCGAUGAUGAAGCGAUGAUUUCAGAACUUGUAUGCAAAUGGAAAGAUCUGGAACGGCUAGAACUGAAAUUCAGCCCUUCGAAUUUGCCUGAAUUGCUGAAGAACAUUAGCCUUCGCUGUAACAAGUUUUCGGAGCUAAUUAUUUCAGGGGAGAUCAGAGAAGAGGACGCCAUGGCGAUUGUUAGUUAUGUUCCACAGAUUAAGAAAUUGGACUUGAGCGGAUCUUAUCUAUCUAAAAAAGAGCUGCUGAAUAUAGUGAAAGGCUGCAAACAGUUGCAGGAAUUGAAUGUGAAUGGAUGCAUUGGUUUUCAAGGAGAUGACUCAGAGAUCAUAGCUAAGGUUUCCGCCAUUAGAGCUUUCAAGUGCGAGCGCUGCAAACUCUAUUUGGAAGAUGCUUAUGAGUGUGGUGAUUGGAACAAAAACUUUUGUUUAAACGGAUAUAUUUUCUGAUUAUCGACUGCUGCUAAAAUUUCAA